GACCAAGUGGCAAGAUGGAAACGCCGCUGUCGCCGUCACCACAGCCAUUGACGCUUCAACUGGACCCUAUCUCUGUGGAAGACAUCCCUGUCGAUGAAGAGUUCGACCAUGUCGAGGAAACUCUUCUGUCCCCGACGUCAAAGCAACGAUAUCGAUCCGGCGCCCUUCGGCAUCGCUGUGGGUUCGGCUUUAUCAAAGGAGCGACGGUGCGCACAAAAUACUUUCGGCUACGCGACCAUGGACUCCUCGGGUACUUUACCCAAGACGAUCACACAGCGUCGUUAGAGAUCAUGUUCACGCUCUUCACGACGAUUGAGACGCUGCCGCCGCCGUCCAACACGUUCGUCCUUCGGUCGGUAGAUAUUGUCCAGACUGCGACGUGGCUUAAGGUGGAGGACCCCGUCACUUUCAAAGCCAACUCUAGCGACGAAAUGGACCAAUGGGUUGCGGACAUUCGUACUAAGCUCGACAUGAUGAAGCGCAAGGAGGACGCCAAGUCGUAUCGCAAGCGAUCGAUGAUUCCCGUGCACAAUGCUGAUGAUCUGGUCUUUAGCGUAUCGGACGACCCGCCAUACUACCGCACGUUCGCCAACAAGUUUCUCCUGCUCAACGAGAUUGGGGAAGGAUCGUUUUCGAUUGUCCGCAAGGCCGUAAACCGACUGACUGCCGAAAUGUGUGCCGUCAAGUGUUCCAAGCACACACCCGCGUUGCUCGAAGAAGUCGCCAUCUUGAAACAGCUGCACCACCCCAACAUAGUCAACCUCCACGGCGUGUACAAACUCGACGACUUGUUUUACAUCGUGAUGGACUACAUGGCGGACGGAGACUUGUGCGACAAGCUGAUUCAAAUCCAACGAUUUCCAGAGGACCAGGUCAAGCACAUCAUCACGAUGGUGGCCCGGGGAAUUGAAUAUAUUCACAGUCUCAACAUCGUACACCGCGACAUCAAGCCCGAGAACAUUCUGCUCCACAAAUCGUCGAUCAAACUAGCCGAUUUUGGACUAGCCAAACGCAUCACCGACGCCUCUGGGCAGUUCCAAACAGGCUGCGGCACCCCUGAAUACGCCGCGCCCGAGCUGCUCUACGGCUGGCCCUAUGGCACCAAGUCGGAUCUAUUCAGCCUCGGCGUUGUCAUGUAUGUGUUGCUGUUUGGCAGUUUUCCGUUCACAGUGGCAUCGGCGGCGGCACUCCAGCGGUUGGAUCGGUUCUCGGAAGGCAAAGAUAUUCGAGACAUGAGCUGUCUGCAUCCGUCCAACCCGAUAUGGAGCACCGUGUCGGCGCAAGCGCAAGAAGUGCUGCGCGGACUCUUGGCCGUCGAUCCGUCCGACCGGAUGUGCGCCUCAGACGUGCUGCACCACCCGUGGCUCACUCAACGUGACACGUUGCCAGCGACAGAGCCAACGCUGGCAGACGACGACAGCAUUCGAAUUCACAACUGCGUCGAGACGGGCUUUGUCGAGCUCAUGUCACGUGGGUUUGAAGUGCUCAAACACAACCAGAACGGCAAGUCUAGCCACGCACAUCGCACAACCCUUCGAUACGACGUGGCGACCCACAGCAUAUCGUGGACGCCCGCGUCGACGUUGCAUCAGCACCCGAAAAAACACUUUCACGCCACGGUUCAUCCGCGGACCAUCUUCCUCCGGGACGUUGUGAAUAUUGCGGCGGGGUGCGAAACGUCGCGUGCGUUUUUGAAAAUGAAGCACCCAACGAUUAAGGACGACCACUGCUUCUCGCUUGUGACAGACGGUCGGACGUUGGACCUUGAGACGGAGACCAAGUGGCAGCAGCAGUACAUGGUCGAAGGCUUCGCGCGACUCGUCCAGAUGGCCAAGGCAACGCACAGUGCCGCCGCGCCGGUCGUCGUGGUUUCGAGGGGCAGCGAUAUCGCCAACCCCCUGACGUCGUGAUCGACAAGAGCUGUGUUGCGGAGGCCACGUCGUACGAAUAAAUAAGGUUUCCUAUGAUGUGAAGCUGUUGGUAAAGAGGCCCAUGCCUGCGCGGUCGAGCUUUUCUUUUGUAUCGACGAUCCUAAGCACCAUCGAGAAUGAAGAGAUGGAGCGUGAAGCUGACGUACUCGGCGGAUUGCCAGACCGAGAGCACGCCCAGCAGCGUCUGCAAAUAGUCUCGAAACUCGACAAUGUUUUGGUGGCAAAACAUGACUUCGUGGA